AUGUUCUCAACAGUCACAAGUCCACACCACGAUUAUCACAAAUACAACGUCGAGGUUGUCAUUGAGCGACGUCUAAAAAGUGACUUUGUGGUCUCACAACCGAUACAUAUCUACCAGCUUUGCGGACUAGAACAAAGCUAUCUAAGACCAUGCAGUCCAUUGACUCUUGAAGGCCAAUCCGAUCAAGAUAUUCAAUACUGUAUUUCCCUUGCGGAUCGCAAUAUUCCUUUCGGUUGCACAUUCCCCGUGGAAUGCUGGUUCGCUCCGCUAUGCAAAGGCACUAAACUCAACGCAGUCACGGUCGAAGUCCAGGAGAGGCAAAGUGUGCGCUUGGAUGCUACUGCUGCGGAGUCGGUACGACAGAACAUACACUUUGUCACCUGCGCGCACAGCCAUACUGUCUUCUCAAAGAAGAUAGACUUUGCUGAUGGGAGUGAGCCAACGGGUGCUGAUUUGAUGGAGACGGAAUGGCGCAUAAACACAUCUGUGUGUUUGCCACGUACUUUGGGCGGCUGUUCACAGAGCAUUUCCACAAAGCACAUCAAGAUCAAACAUGUCUUGAUUGUAAAGGCAGAGUUCUGCACCGAGGAGGGCGAGAUAAGUGCAGAGAUCUCAGAAGUCAUUCCCAUUGACAUCUAUAUGACUCCUUGUGUCAUUGGUGAGAAUGGGUUCAUCCAUGGACGGGAUGUGCAACAGCUGCAGGGGAACGACCAUCCUCCCCCGGCUUACAAUGACCACUUGUCCGACCUCAUAAUUCUGACAGCUGCUGAUGUCGACCUUUGUGGGAGAACAAUCGUUACGGAGAUGAAUCUUGAGCGCAGUUCCAGCCAAAGUUCUUCCAGCAGUUCAUCUUCUGAUCCUGCACCUUUAUAUGUAUAA